UGGAGCCGGCGUUCGGAAGGCGGUGCGGCGGUGGCCCUGGCAGCUGGCGCCAAGCCGCCUAGCCCGGGUGCGCGUCGCGCCGUCGAGCUUCCCGCCUUCACUGCCUUUCGGUCGCCAAAAUAAAGGACCGUUGGCAGCGCGGUAGCCAGGGCUGAGUCUUGGUCGGGAAGAGGCGGAUGACUAUUUUUCAGUGGUCUGGGAUCCUUAAGCCCACUUAACCAACCCCCCCAUGAGCUCAGCACACGAUCUACAGGGCACCGUGCAGCCGAGCUCUUAAGUGUAGUGACUCCGCGCACGACACUAGGUGGAGUUAGCAAGAUCACAGCCCCGGCUAGGCCCGAGGAGCCCCAGCAGGGCCUGCCCGAAGCCACUCUUCGUCCUCCAGGCCCAGGAUGCAGCGCAGACGUCGCGACGUUUGAGCCUCACGGCUGUCCGUACCGACCGUCGGCCGCAGACGCUUCCCGCGCUUUCGGCGGGAGGCGGCAGACGGCGCCGCGCAGGCGCACUGAGCGGAGCGAGCGCGGCCAUGGGCGAGGCGAGCGGCGCCGAGGAGGCCUCCCGGCACAUGGGAACUAAAGAAGAAUUCGUUAAAGUCAGAAAGAAGGACCUGGAACGACUGACAACUGAAGUGAUGCAAAUUCGGGACUUCUUACCCAGAAUACUAAAUGGGGAAGUACUGGAAAGCUUCCAGAAAUUAAAGAUUGUAGAAAAAAAUCUGGAAAAGAAAGAGCAAGAAUUAGAGCAGCUGAGAAUGGAUUGUGAACACUUUAAAGCUCGCCUGGAAACUGUGCAAGCAGAUAGCAUGAGAGAGAAGAAGGAGAAAUUGGCCCUUCGACAGCAGCUGAGCGAAGCCAAGCAGCAGCUGCUGCAGCAGGCGGAGUACUGUACUGAAAUGGGGGCGGCGGCCUGCACCCUUCUGUGGGGCGUCUCCAGCAGCGAGGACGUUGUCAAGGCCAUCCUGGGAGGGGAUAAAGCAUUGAAGUUUUUCAACAUCACUGGUCAAACAAUGGAGAGUUUUGUGAAGUCGCUAGAUGGGGAUGUAAAGGAGCUGGAUUCUGAUGAAAAUCAGUUUGUUUUUGCUUUGGCUGGAAUUGUGACAAACGUUGCUGCCAUCGCCUGUGGCCGCGAGUUCUUGGUCAACUCCAGCCGUGUGCUCCUGGAUACGAUAUUGCAGCUCCUGGGGGACUUGAAGCCAGGACAGUGCACACGCCUCAAAGUGCUGAUGCUGAUGUCCCUGUACAACGUGAGCAUCAAUUUGAAAGGCCUGAAGUACAUCAGCGAGAGCCCAGGAUUCAUCCCCCUGCUGUGGUGGCUGCUUGGUGACCCGGAUGCAGAGGUGUGCCUCCAUGUGCUGCGGCUUGUCCAGUCCGUGGUUCUGGAGCCAGAAGUCUUCUCGAAGUCGGCCUCUGAGUUCCGGAGCUCCCUGCCCCUGCAACGCAUCCUGGCCAUGGCGAAAAGCCGCAACCCGCACCUGCAGACUGUGGCCCAGGAGCUUCUGGAGGACCUCCGCGUUCUGGGCCACGACGCCUAGGGCAUGCCGAGAGCUGCUGGUGAGGUCGCCGUGUCUUCUCCCUGCCCCAUUCCCCUCACCCUGUGUUUGAAAGCCGUCACUGUGGGCCUGCGUUAGACGGCAGAUGUGCUUGGCUGGAGACGGACUGAAUUGAGGUGUGUCGUGUGUGACCUCAUGGAGUGACUGUGUGGGUGGGUGGUUACCGAUGCCAAAGGGGAGCCUGGGAAAGGCGUCCUCCUGCCCGACAGGCCCCCAUCUGUGCUGCAGCUGGAGGGGGCCUCCCCCAGUGGCUCUGGAGCUCGGUCGACUCCUGCCACCUUCGUUUGACCCAUGAAAGCAGGAAGUUAAAUCACCACCCACUCCUGGUCAGUGCUUUCCUGAAACACCUUUCUUGUGAAAAACAAUUCAUUCCCUCUCUAGUAAUUAUAAUUACCCCUCCAAAUGCACGUUUACCCUCAUAACCUUGGUGAGCCUGCUAUUUCAGCUGACAUUGGAUGUUUUAGUUCUCUAUUUUU